AUGGCGUCGUGUUUGGCUUCUGCGUCCUCCAAAUUCAAAUACGACGUGUUCAUAACUCUGAGAGAUCCCAAGGGCUGUGUAAAAGGCUAUGUCGUGAACAAAUUGAGAGAUGCUGGAAUCAGAGCUUUCGUCGACGACGAAGAAGAAGAAGUGUUUUCCGUACAGGAGGCCGUAUCAGGGUCAAUGAUUGUCAUGGUUUUGUUCACGCCGGAGUUCCUCAAGUCGAAGAAGUGUCUCAAGAGACUGGUGGCCAGGACUAUGUGGUGGAAUGACAACGCGAUGCCUGUAUUCUGUGGAGUAAGCCGGCGGCAAGUGCAUGACGAGAUGGUGGCUUUGGCUCCCAGAUUUGACCUCACGGGAGUUGCUUCCCGACCUGGCUUCAAACUCUCCGUUGAUUCCGGGUAA